UCCUGGUUGUAGUAGUUACUGUUCGGAGUGAUGGCUCAACAGCUGCGUCCCCGUUUAGUCUUCUGUUAGACACAGACGACGAAAUGGCUUCUGCGUUUCUGACACUUCUCGCGGGCGCGAUAGUGUUACUGUGCUUCUACCUCUACAGAACGUAUACCUAUUGGCAGAGAAAUGGUAUUCCAGUCGGGAAAGGAUACGUGCCUAUCGCCGGUCACAUACUGUCCGUCAUUUUCAUGAGACGCAGCAUCAAAGAUGUGAUCCAGAAGAUAUACGACGAUCACAAGCAACACAGUAUGGUGGGAUUCUACAAGACAACGAAACCAGUGCUGAUAGUACGCGAACCAGCUUUGGUGAAAGUCGUCAUGCAGAGUAAGUUCUCGAACUUCCACCAGAACGGAAUGAAAAUCGAACCCGACAUGGACCCUCUGUUAGCCAAGAAUCCGUUCUUCAUUUACGGAGAAGAAUGGUCGGCCGGAAGGAAACGCCUGACUUACGCGUUCUCCAACGUGAGGCUGAAAACCCUUUUCACAGCUGUCAGCGGGGUGUGUAAAAAGUUCGAGGAUUUCCUAAACAGACGUCUGAAAUCGAGCAACAAAUACGAAGUCGAACUGAAGUAUCUGUUCUCGAAAUUCACCGGUGAAGUUGUGGCGAACGCUGGCUUAGGCAUCGAGGGACUUUGCUUCGAGGAUAAAGUGCAUCCUAACGCGUUCGAUGAAAUUUCCCGAUCGAUCUUCAAGCCGAAUGCGUUGCAAGGUUUCUUAACGAUGAUCAUGCUAUUCUUGCCCCACCUGAAUCGUCUGUUCAAGAUGAGUUUCAUACCGAAGGAGAUGGACAGAUUCUUCAGGAGGAUCGUGGCUGAAAAUCUGGAGCUGAGACGAACGGAAUCGGUGCCGAGGAACGAUUUCCUUCAAUUGAUGAUCGAGCUAGAAAAGUCGGGGGAGAAAUUGGACGUAGAUUCUAUCACUUCUCACGCGCUUUCUUUCUACGUCGACGGCAUCGAAUCGUCCAGCAUUACGCUUAGUUUCAUCGGCUAUCAUUUGGCUCUUCAUACGGACAUUCAAGAGAAGUUGCGAGAUGAAGUGAACGCUAAAAUUGCCAAAUACGACGGUGUGUUAACGUUCGAUGCGUUGAAAGAGAUGACCUAUAUGGAACAAGUGAUCAGCGAGUCGCAAAGAGAUUUCCCUGUUCUUACCUUCUUGAACAAGAUAUGCACGGAGGAAUUCGAGCUGCAAGGUUCCGAUGGAUUGACGUUCAGAGCGAAACCUGGCAACGAGAUACUUAUACCUGUUUACGCUUUACAACACGACCCAAAUUAUUGGACGAACCCGGACGACUUCGAUCCGGAACGAUUCAACGAAGAGAGGAAACAUUCUAUAGAAAAAAUGACCUUCCUUCCGUUCGGCGAAGGUCCGAGAAUUUGCGUAGGAAUGAGAAUGGCUAUGCUACAGGUGAAAGCUGGCCUAGCUACCUUGCUGAGAAGCUACAAAAUAGAAUUAUCGCCGAAGACGAAAAGUCCGAUAAAAUUAUCACCCUCUUACUUUCUUACGUCGCCUGUCGGCGGAAUCUGGGUUUAUCUUUCGAAACUUUAAAAGUUUCUUUUACCUCGGGGCCACGCCGUCUUAUCCCUCUUCACGACCGAUCGGUUCCUCAGAGCGAGAAACAAGAAAGUGGAAGGAACACGUGCGCGCGGAAAGCGAAAAUGUGCGGCGUGACACGACAGAGAGAGCAGACGCAAGACGACGAAGGAGAAAAGAGAGCAGCGACAGUGUAUAGGGGAUGAGAAAAAGGGGCCUUCGCGUCGUAGUGCAUCUUUCUCUGAUUUCCCGAGGGAGAAGUCGCCUAGCAAGCUUUCUCCGACGUAUCGAAGCUGGAACGAGACGAAGGACAGAGAGAAAGGUGGAUAGGUGUCCUCGCGUAGCAUGAUUUAUUUUAUUGCUUUUCGAGAAGCUAGCAUAAUUUCACCCUCUAGCCCCCCCGCCAGUUAUUUACCCUCCUCACUAUCUCUCUCUCUUUCUCUAUCUAUCUAUAUGUAGAAGGACGGACGGAACGGAUCGAGGACCCUGGGCGAGGGAUCAACAGGUACAGGACUGCCGGUAUCCCUCGACUGCGUCAAGAAACCGCACCGCUGUCCCUUAACAUGUAAAAAUAUCCCCGACGUAAUAUUGGAGGGAUAAAAUUGCACGACUUCAUUGACAGUCGCGUUAUUAUCGGCGAUAUGGGAGGUGUAUAUACGUGAUAUAUGGGUGUAUGUUUAUGUAUGAAAAACAGAAUGGUCGGUGAGAAAUGUUAGUUAAACAGAUCACAGAAAUACACACGGAGAAAAAACAAGCGGAAACGUGUGGAACGGAGCGCAGAAGUUGGGCUUGAUUUAAUUAAAGCGGACAACUGGCAACAGUGAUGCAGUAAAUUGAAAAUUACGGAGCGAACAAAUCCUCUUAAGUGGAAUAUUACUAGCGGAAUUGCACAGUAGGACGCGACAAAUUCGAUUGUUUUUGACUAAAGCUACGGGCAAUAAAUUAAUCCCCUUCGAUGGACGUUCAAUACUUGCAACCAGGCAUUGACGUCUAAAUCCUAUCAUGCGCGUCCUCUUCUCCAACCUCGAUUCCCACCCUCCUCCACCCCCGUCUACCUUCAAUUUGCUCUCGUUCAGUAUUAACCGUUCAGUGGCGGAUCCGAUAGAUUAACCAAUUCGAAUUGUACGACCGAAAAAAAAAAAA